GAUAAUUUAUCCUUCUACAAUGUGCAAUGUGAGUUGAAAUGUUCAAAUCUUCCUAUUGAAAUAAAUCUAUUUACUUUAGCUAUACAAAAUAAAAAGCAAGCAGUAGCUGAUAAUAAAAAUUAUAGUGAAUUAGUAUCAGACCUAGGAUCUCAAAAUGAAAGCAAAAUUGAUUCAAAUAAUGAAAUUAAGUCUAUUAAACAUCCUCGACUUACCAAAAAAAAUUUAAAGUGGAACCCUAACUGGCUUCAAUUUUACCUGUGGCUUAGAGCUGAAUCACCAAUAAAUCCUUCAAUAUUAUUUUGUAAAUGGUGUGAGAAAGCAAAAUUUAAUAAUAUUUUUACUGAAGAUACAAGCUGGUUUAAAGAACAAUAUUUAAUUUGGUAUUUAAAUUCAAAAAAUCAUUAA